AUGAACAAACCAAAAGUAUUCAUAUUGGAUCCAUUCCAUCCCGAAGCGAUCAAGAAGCUACAAGCGACCCCAUCCGUUGAACUCGUUCGUCGAAACGAUGACCGUGUAUCAAAGUGGCGUGCAGAAGCAGACGCACUUAUGAUCCGAUCAGAGACUCGAAUCACGGCAUCAGACAUAGAGCAGACUUCGAAGCUCAAAUGUAUCGUCAAGCAGGGCGUCGGUGUUGACAACAUUGAUCUGGAUGCUGCCGAACGACGAGGCAUUGCCGUCUGCAACACUCCAGCGAUGAACAGUGAGUCGGUUGCGGAGUUGACGAUAGCGCUGGCUUUGUGUGUGGCUCGGAGGGUCGUUGAGUUCGAUCGGCGGAUACGGGGCGGAGAGGCCAUUGUCCGGUCCCAGGUUCUAGGACUUUCAUUGUUCAAGAAGACCAUUGGCAUCGUUGGAAUGGGAAACAUUGGGAGCGUUGUUGCGCGGAAGUGGAUUGGAGCAAUGGAAGGCGACAUCAUCGCCUACGAUCCGUUUGCGUCUGCGGAAGCCUGGCCAGACAUCAAGCACCGCCGCGUGAGUGACCUGAACGAGCUAUUGAAAGAAGCAGAUGUCGUUACUCUGCAUGUGCCGCUGACGAAGGACACAAGACGUCUGAUUGGGAAGUCUGAGUUCGAGCGGAUGAAAUCAGAGGCCAUCCUGUUGAAUUGUGCUCGGGGUGGAGUUGUUGAUGAAGACGCUCUUCUUCACGCUCUCGAGGAGGAGAAGAUACAUGGCGCUGCCCUCGAUGCGAUGGAAGUCGAGCCGCCGACAGCAAAGGCAUAUCCUAAGCUACUCAAGAGAGGCAAUCUCAUCAUAACGCCGCAUGUGGGCGCCAAUACCUUGGAGAACCAGAUCGCCAGCGGGAUGAAGGUGGUGGAGACGGUGUUGGCAUUGUUGGAGGGAAGAGAGGUCCCUAACCGAUUGGUGUGA